GAGAAAGAUGCAACACCGACAACCGCAACCGUCGGUUUCGGUUUCAAACGACGGUUAUUCAGAGACCGAUGCACACCACCUCCGACCACCACCAUCGCUGUGCAUGUCACCGAAAAAUCCCAAUUUUGAACCAUCGGCAGAGGAAGAAGAGAGACCCGUCGGACGCAGAUGACGGGCGACGACGAGCAUACGUGGGUGUCAAAUCCGAAUCUGAGUCCGUGAAUCGAGGUAGAUGAGGGAGGAAAAGGAGAGAGCGUCGAGAGGAGGAUUUGGAUCUAAAUCCGUUGCCGAAGGCAGAGGAGGAGCGACGAGCAUACAUGGUCGGAGUUCUUGAUCGGCGACAGAGGCAGAGGUGUGGAUCUGAAUCCGUUGCCGCUCGAACCAUGCAAGGCGGAGGUGGAGCAACGACCAUCGCCGCUUUGAAAUCGACCUCUGGAUUGGGAGGCGGAGCGAGGGGGCGACGAGUUAGAGGAAGGAAGGAGUUGGGGAUGGCGAGGGAGAUGUUUCGAGAAGGAAGGGAGAGGUCUGGGGAAGGAAAGAGUUGGGUAUGGCGAAGUAGAGGAAGGGAGAGGGACAUGUUUGGAGAAGGAAGAGAGGGAGAGGUCUGGAGUGGAAAGCGAAUUUGCGAUGCAGAAGAGGGGGAGAGGAAUCGCCGGUUAUAGCGGUGCACCGAAAGUAUUUCGGUUUGUAACCGACGGUUUCCGGUUAGCGUAAAGGCCAAAAUCAGUUAAGCGCAACCGAGACCGACAGCAGCUUAUCAGUUUCGGUUAUAAACCGACGGUUUGGUUGUUCGGUUAAGCCGGAUAACCGGCAACCGAUUAUCACUCAUAAUGGUAUAUGGGUGGUAACUUGUGGUAACUUGUAGUAAACAAUAAUGAAAGUCGUAAAUGACAGUUAGUAUACUUUUACUAUCAUGUAUUCAACAUUCUUACCAUAUUGGUAUGUUCAUACCAUCAUGGUACACUUUCUUACCAUAUGGUAUUAAAUAGGAGCAUACCAUUGGUAAUGACUGGUAAAAAAGUAUUCAUUUUUUUUUUGUACUAAAAAUAUAUCAAAGUGGAUAUCAUUUUAAAGAGCACAUUAUUUAAUCUGAUUUAUCUGUGCAAAAAAAAAUCAACUUAAAACGAGAGAGAAAUCGUCCGUUAAAGAUUAAAGAGAAAAAAAAGACUUUCCAGGAGAGAGGGGGAUACUGAUAUCAUGCUGAUGUGGACGGGUUACUCAUAGUUACUGACCAUAUGGUUACUGACGUGAUCCGUUUCCUUUGAUCUCCGUCGCUGAAUUGGUAGGUGGAUCCAUUUUGCAUUUGGUAAAUUAAUUCAUACUUUAUUAAACAUAAAACGUAAAAUUGAAAUGGGAUUUUAGGGUUUUUGAAAUUGGUAAGAACAGAUUCGUAAGAAGGCAAAUCGAAGAGUGAGAGUUGACUGAGUCCUAUAACUCAAAUCUCCCAAUUCAACUUUGACUUCUAUCUGGACCCAAUAUUUUUUAAGCCCAUACAAUGAGAAGGGAGAAUAGAAAGAACAAAAGUGGGCUUAACGGUUAUUCCUGCCCAACUAAACACAACCAAGGUUCUACUAGCAGUCUGGUCUUCUUUCUUAGACUGUAUUUGGUUUGGUAAUUAUCAUGGUAACCAUUUGAACACCCCUAGUUGUUGUAGUCCAUCGAUGGAGGAGGGAAAGACGUUGAUUCAUCAUAAUUCCAGGAGCUGAUUUCUUCUUUCCAUAAAAGACCCAGGAUGCAAUCUCGGAUUUUCGUCCAUCAAUCUCCCCCUAAAUCUGAGAUUGCAUAUUGACCUGUUGCCUGCAAAAAUAGGAACAAUCUGUCUCGAGACAAAUGGAAAUAGAGGAGUUCUAAACAAAAAGUAUUCAACAAAGAAGACUCAACGUCUUACAUCCAAAUCAUAAAGUCCAAAACCAACAACAAAAAUUCUCAACAAGCAUCCAAAAAAGUCGAGUCUGAAAACAACCAAAAACAAAUGCUAACGAGAGUUUAAAGAAUAGCAUCACCCUCAUCAAAACCAUAAAGAGCAUUUAAUGCAGCCAGGGCAUCAACAGCAACUCCUUCUACAGCAGCCAGAGCAUCUCCAGCAGCUAGAGGUGGGCAUCGAUUUGGUCCAGACCGAAUCGAACCAUCCAAUAGAACCUGAUGUUCUUGACCCAAUUUGAUCAAUUUUAAGCUAAAUCGAAUGUGUAAACUUGAUAGGAUAGUCAGUUACCGUCGGAUUCAUUUCAAACAUGGUUUAACAAUCAUGCAUGCAACACAAUCUUAGUCCAUAUUCAUUACUUUUAAACGCAAUUACCAUAAACAUAGAUAAAGGCCUAGCUUUCAUGUCAUUGGUCGGUGUCUGUUUUCCCGGCGAGAAAAACUAGAUGAACAGAAUUGGAUUUUGCACCUUUGACUUCCAAACAAACGAUCAAACAAUACAGUUCACACCUCUUUGAACAAAGUUCAAACAAGGGUUUUCAAUGUUUUGAUGAACUAUGUGACAUCCCGAUCUCUAAAAUCCUUAAAUAACAGUUUUGCUCCGGAGCAUAUUUAAAAUUUUGAAAGAAAGAAACAAUAAUGUGCUCGAAAUACCAAUACUGAGAAUACACCUUAUAAUUUAAA